GCGAUAAGAGAAGAAGAGUGUGAGCGAGUUAUCUCUAGUCCUUGUUCAGUUAAGUUGUGUCCUUUCUUUUCACAUGUAACGUUGGACCCUUCGGACCAUUUGCACACAAUUUAGGUCAUUUAGGUUUGAGCUACAUUGCGCUAUUUCAAUUGAAUUUACUUAUUUGUUGAAUCUUUGAUGUAUCGACAGUGUUAUAAACAAUAUGCUCAGACCAUCAAUGUCAAAUGCUGCUGAGUCAGAGCUUGGUGAAUAACAGCGAUGCAGCUACAUUCAGCCCCAGAGAUUGCUGAUGAUGUGUGUGUGUGUGUGUUUGCAGAUGGAGGCUUCCUCACAGAGUAGAGGUGGUGAUGGAGGACUGUGGAACAACCCCAGAGCCCCCCAGUACAGCAAGGGAACACAGGAUAUGCUGACAUUGAGGAUGCAGGAAGCAAGACUCACCAACCUCCAGAGAAAACAGAUCAACGGACGCCUGAAGACUUUACCACUGACCUCUGACCCCACAUCCUCAGCUUCCCCCACUAAUCCUCAGAGACGCACCGCUGAAGCCUGUCGCUCUGGGAACAGCUACGUCAGAGAACAGUACCACCCUGGUCCCUGGAGAGACUUGGAGAAAGAGAAGAGGAGGCUUCAGAAUAUAAUGUCAACGGGAGAAGAAGAGCCCACAGCUGCAUCUCACCCAAAUGUUCCUUCAUGUCCGAACCCAGAGGGGGCGGAGCCUCUAGACCGGUAUCAGGAAGUACUGGAUGAGAUAGAGGAGAGAAGACAGUUUCUGGCAGAUAUGUCUUCUCUGGGUGAGGAGAAGCAGUACACCAACAUCAUCAACUCUGAGAUAUCCCAGCUGAUUCGAGAACUGAAGCUGUUGGACGAGGCCCGCCGUCCCAAGAACGAUGCAAUCACAUCUGAGAGGAAAAAGAUGGAGGCUUCCUCACAGAGUAGAGGUGGUGAUGGAGGACUGUGGAACAACCCCAGAGCCCCCCAGUACAGCAAGGGAACACAGGAUAUGCUGACAUACGGAGCAGCUUCACCACUGACCUCUGACCCCGCAUCCUCAGCUUCCCCCACUAAUCCUAAAACCACUAAAUCUGUCCAGGAUCGUCUGCCUCAGAGACGCACCGCUGAAGCCUGUCGCUCUGGGAACAGCUACGCCAGAGAACAGUUCCACGCCGGUCCCUCGAGAGACUUGGAGAAGGAGAAGAGGAGGCUUCAGAGUAUAAUGUCAACGGCAGAAGAAUCUGAGACUUCAGAGUCAGGUUGUGGGCGGGGUUUAGUGUGACGUAAUGAGAGCAGUAGUGAUGAAGAGACUGAAGAGCUCACAGCUGACUGGCUGCACUGUAUAAGCAUAUAAGCAGUUACAUAAAACAAUAUAAAGUCAAAACUGUGAUGUCAGGCUGUGAAGGCAUUUGAUUUAUAAGAAACAUGAACAGCUUGCAUUCAAUUAUUAUAAUCCUCCGCCUUCCAGUGUCAGUUUGUUUCCUGCUUCAGGACAUGGAGACAGACACAGACAUGACCAUUUAAAAUGGAGGACAAAGACAGAAACUGAUAAAACCGUAAACAUACUGACAUUUACAUAAGACGAACAAAUGACACUUAUCCACAUAUGUAAUUAAAUAAAUGGCACUCGUACAAACAAUAUUAACACAUUUUUUCCGAUACUGUUAAGGCAAAACAUGGAAACAUACAGAAAGGCGUCGUAAAAUAUAAAUUAGUGAUUUGCAUAUUCAGGUUAAAACUGUUAUAAGCUGGUGCUUCGCUACAGUUGUUAAAAUACAGUUUAUCUGCCUUUUCUAAUGUUCAUUAUUGUGAACUUUCUUAUUAAUAAACCU